CGGCUUUCAGAAGCGCUCACUGGCCCAGCCAGACCCCUCCGCCUCCUUCACUUGGGCUAUAAAAGCCACCGCGAGAGCGCUAGCCGACCAUUCCAGCGAUCGUCGGGCUCCAAUGGCUUCAAUACUCAUCCUCCCAUUGCUCUUCGCUGUGGCCGCAGCGUUUGCCGGCCAAGAUUUGGUUCCCGCGCGAUGUUUGCAAGGACCCAAGUUCUGGUGCCAGGAUGUGGCCACAGCCGUGGAAUGCCAGAGAGAGCAGUACUGCACGAGCCUCUGGGCCGAUGUUCCUCUGUGGGAUCAGCUGGAAGAGGAAGAUGAGGCUCGGCCCCCUAACAAGAGGUGCACGUUCUGCACCCAGAUUGUGGAGAAGCUCAAGUCGUUGAUUGGUGAUGACCCCGAUGAGGACGCUAUCAACAAGGCCCUGGGCUCCGUGUGCAGAUCUGUGGGCAGACGCCUGGCCCGGCAGUGCAAAUCGUUGCUGAAAAAGUACAAAGAUCAGCUCACGGAGGGACUGCAGAACGGCGAUGAGGCCGGAGACAUCUGCAUCAGCAUGAAAUUGUGCAAGGAGUCCCCAGAGUUCUCCAACUGAUGCCCGCCGCUUGCCCCGAGGCCACGCCAAUUCCCCGAAGCUUCUUGCUGCUGCUGAUUGCACAGAACUG